AAACGAGUGGGGAUGUCCGGGGGUGAAGGGUCACGGCGGGCCAGGCCACCGGCGGGGGAUGACACGGGAAGGCGGCACCAAAUCCCCUGAGCGGAUUAGGAGCCGGGGGCAGGCCUAAGGAGGCCCCGGGAAGGGUUAAGGGGCAGCCCGGCAGCGGCGCGGCCCCCGGGGGCGGCUCGGGGCUAAGCCGCGCUCGGCCGGGAGCGGCCGCCGGGGGAGCGCCGGGGCCAGGCGGGGCCGGACCAGGACGAUGGCCGCUGUCGCAGAGCGCACCUUCAUCGCCAUCAAGCCUGAUGGGGUCCAGCGGGGACUGGUGGGAGAGAUCAUCAAGCGGUUCGAGCAGAAGGGAUUCAAACUGGUGGCCAUGAAACUGAUACACGCCUCUGAAGACCUUCUGAGAGAACACUACAUUGAUCUAAAAGACCGUCCGUUCUAUGAUGGUCUGGUGCAGUACAUGCACUCUGGACCUGUUGUAGCUAUGGUGUGGGAAGGUCUUAAUGUGGUUAAAACUGGAAGGGUGAUGCUGGGGGAAACUAAUCCAGUGGAUUCAAAGCCUGGCACUAUUCGUGGUGACCUCUGUGUUCAAGUUGGAAGGAACAUCAUUCAUGGAAGUGAUUCUGUAGAAAGUGCUGAGACAGAGAUCAAUCUGUGGUUCAAUCCUGAAGAACUGGUUGAUUACAGAAGCUGUGCUCAUGAAUGGAUCUAUGAGUAGAACUGAGCCUAUACCUUUUGAUAUCCUUACUAUCUGUUAUCAGUUAUUUUAAAGUCCUUCAUAUCAACUAGUAGAAACCUGUUUCAGAAACCUCUGAUAUACGCUGUUGUGCAUAUUAAAUAUAAUCAGUGUUUGUUGCUGUUUUGGUUAAAAAGCUAUCAACUUAUGGAUAGGAUUGUAUUUUUAAAAAAUUUUUAGCUACGUAUGGGAGUGAGAGAGGUGAGAUUCAAACACAGAGAAGCAAAACAUUCCUUGUUAAUAAUACAGAACGUAUAUUUUCCUGAAACACUCCCCAGUCAAAGAGGAGAUUUUGGUAAGUAGAAGCUAAUGCAAAUCUCUCAGUGUUAAAGGUGCAUCAGUUUGUUAAAAUUUUAGUGGACAACCAGUGGUAUGUAAAUAUAUUGAUUGUGUGCUCAGAUGUUGAGGGUUGAGCUUGAUAUCAAAUCAAGUGAAUCCCCAUGCCUAAAGCGGGUGCAGAAAAUCUGUUUUAUUUCUCUUUCCAAAAGGUGCUGUGCCUGUACACAGAGCAUGAUAAAAUAAUAACUUUUCUCUACAUUGACAUGUUUUCAUUUUUUUUCUGCACAGGAUUUAUUUAGCAUUUUAAGGAAGGAUUAAUAGGCCAGGCUUUUUGAAAUGCUCUUUUAUGUGAAAAGGAGAUUAAUGAGAGAAUGGAUGAGCGUGAUCCAUUUUCAGUCACUGUACUGUAGCAGUCCUCUAACAUUGCAUAGAGGAACAAUGGAGUGAUGUUUGCUUUACUGACCAAACAGCUGAUAAUUUAGCUCCAUCUGUACUUCUACAUCCAUACUUCCUUAAUAGCUGGAACUCCAAAGCAAGGAGCAAGGUGAUUUUGGAUAAGGUAUUUCAGAAGUGACGCCAGCAUUAUUUAUUUAUUUAUUUAUUUAAUCGUGUCAACAAAUACAUUCAUAAUAAUGCUAAACCUAUUUCAGUAGAGGCGUCUGCUUCCAUCACAGAAAACAGCCUCUUGCUGAAAUAUUUUGCCACAAACACUCAACAGAGGUUUGGGAUGUAGGAACAAAAAGUGAGUUGGAGUCAAUGUAAUGUAUUUAUUUACUUGUAACACUGUAUUCAUUAAAAGCAGGAGUUUUGUGAAACUAGUUGUUCAAACUCCUCUAUUUUUGCCUACAGUGAGUUGUUGUUUCAGAGUAAACUGCAAUGAAUAUUGAAUUUGAUGCUUAUGAUAUGUUAUGAAGAUACCCAACUCCUAAAACGAGAUGCUCCAAAAUAAAACA